AGGUCAUGCCAUGGUCAAUACAACGGUAAACGCCACGCUGAUCGAGGUGUCCUUCCCGGUGCUCCUCUCCUGGUUCGUCCUGACCUCCGUCCUCCAGACCCUCGGGGGCCUGGCCAUCAUCCUCCUCUUAAUCGCCAUGUCCCGCCUCGGCCGAUUACACACCGGCUCCGGGAUCCUCAUCGCCCACUACCAGCUGCUCCUCCUGCUCAUGUGCUUCCUCCAGGCGCCCCUCAACAACACCACCUUCUUCCUCCUGCGCCUCCACCACCUCUGACCCUCCCCUGCCCCUUUAUCUACUUCCUCUACGUCCUCAAUUACUCCCUUAUCGCCUGGGCCGACGCCGCGCUGGCCUUGAACCGGUUCACGGCCAUCCUCCUCCCGCACCACUACCCGCGCGUCGCCUCCCGCCGGGCGGUGGUGCUACAGCUGGCCGUGUGUUGGACAAUCGCCCUGGGGUGCGCGCUGCCGCAGUACCUGUCGCCGCGCAUCCAGGUGGCGCUGCUGCCGUCCGGGGCCUGUAAUAUCGUCCGCUCUGAGGGGCGGUUGUUGUUUAUGUUGGUGCUGCUGUCGCUGUAUGUGCCGCUGGGCGCCGUGGGAUUUUUAUAUAGCUUCGUCUUUCUCAGCCGGUACUGCAAGGUGUGCCGCAACCGGGUGAUGGGUUUGAAUGGGAUUGUGGAUGCGGUGUUUGUGGAGAAGAUGCAGCGGCGCAUCGCCACGGCGAAGAUACUGUUCUACUCGUUUAUCUGGUAUUGCGUGUGUUUUAUUCCGCUGUCGUUUAUACCGUUGCUGUUGGCUGUGCCGCUGAACAGCGAUAUUCGAAUUUUGCUCUGCACCAAGACCGUUUUUUAUCUGGCUUUUGCUGCCGAACCGGCUUUCUUUUACGCGAUGAGUGGCCAAUAUCGUCGCGAAGCGCGGAAUAUCCUGAUCCAGUUAUGGCAGUGGCUGGUCUGCAGAAGGGUCCGCUUCCGGAAGAAUGCGCCGUCCCCGGAAAAGACCGUGGAUUUGAACGAAAGCCGCUUAACGCUAACGAGACCGACGGCGUACUUCCGGUCGGGAUUCGAUGUCAGCCGCUAUUAAACGCUUAAUUAUCCUAACGAUUGCUGGAAUGUUUAUCGUUAAUUCGCUGCGCCGUAGAUAUCGAUGAAACUAAAUGCUCGAUAAAUAACCAGCUUGCUAACGCUGUGCUUGCUGCAAAUAAUCCGGCAUGUCUUUAUUGGGGAUUCCGAAUGCUUUGAGUAACCUGGAUGCAUAAGCGAUAUCACCGUCCAGUUGGCGUUUUUCCGCGGGAUAAAACAGCUGACCUUUAUUGACGUCCUGUGGGGUACGACUACGUUUGGCCGGUCCGUUGAGAGAGCGCAUGACGCAGCGCACGCGUGCCGUAUCCACCCGCACCAACAGGAAGCGGGCCAGCCGACGCAGUUCCCGUUGUGGAUCAUCUUUCAGGCGCUCAAAGAACGCCACCAGAACACUGCCGGGCGAGCUGACAACGGAGCGGAUGGAGGGCAGCCAGGUGGCGCCCAGCUCGUGCACCAUCACGUGGAAACCUGCCGACAGUAAACAGUAUAGAUAUACUGUACAUACUGUACACAUGUACGGCCGUUGUGCUACGUAUGACCGCUCACAUCUCAUAACGCUCCAUAUUCUUUUUACAAGAGCAGAACUGAUGAGAUUACUUCGACAUUUUUCUUAUGUUUUCUUAGGUUAUCUUGCGUUUACAGGCGACACGAAUUUGCUAGAUAUGACUUGACAAACAAAA